UGAUACCUUUUUGUUGGUAAACAACUGCUUAAUGCUAAAUAAAAACAAGUCGGAUAACAAACUGGUCGAGUUUGAUUGUUACUAAUAAACAACAUUAGUUGUAAAACAAUGAGUUCGGAACUAAUUAUUGGUGAUACUGAAUCUUGUUUAAAACCAUGCCGUUUGUGCCUACGAGAAUACAAAAAUGAUUUCAUGCAAGACAUCUUCACGGAGGAAUCCAACUUGGAAGAGCGCGUAAUAAAGGCAGUUUCGGUUGAGCCCUCUCGCGCUGAUCCAAUGACCCACAUUUGCUCAAACUGUAACGCCCUAGUCGCCCUGAUCAUCGACUUUCGAACUGCUUGUCGACAAGCCAACGAUCUUUUAAAAAGCGAAACUUAUAGAACUGUACGAUCUUCUACCUGGGAACGCCCAAAUGCGGAAGAAACGUUCCGCCGAGCUGCCAACCUAGUUCAAGAACAUCGCUAUGAAGUCAAAGCUCUACUGAAGAGCAACAAAUGUCACGUUGGCGAAGCCACACAAAAUUUCCUGGAGGACGUCGAGUGUGAACCGGAAACACCACAAUAUCUCGAGCAAGACGACGAAUCUCCCUCUUCGCCGGAAGAAUCUUCCAUAGCAGCUCGACUUACAUGCGGAAAGCGAGGCCGUGAAAAGAUCAUGUGCCCCAUUUGCGGCGAGAUGGUGUCGCUGGAGACCCUCGAAGGCCACCAGAACCGGCACGCCGGGGUGCAACCUUUCACGUGCGAUAUUCCAGGCUGCGGGGCAAAGUUGUACUCCCAGCUUGCCCUGCGGCAGCACCGCAGUCGGCACAAGUCUGCGAGCAAGUUCUACGACUGUGGAGUGUGCGGCAAGCGGAUCAAGAGCGCGGCCUAUUGGUUGAUCCAUCGGAAGAGCCACACGGAAGAGCCGCGGUUUUCGUGCGAUAUUUGCGGGAAAAAGUUCCACCGGAAAUACAAGCUGAAACAGCACUCCACGGUGCACUCCGGAAUUGCAGAGUUUCAGUGUGAAAUUUGCGGCAAAUAUUUUACCAUUAAGCACAACUUGACGGCGCACUACAAGUUACAUGCUAGGAAAGAUCAAAAAGCAAUGACAAACAGAAACUUUAACGAAAAAUAAGCAAAUGCAAAAAAGCGAAACUUCAAGACUACGCGCACAUUUUUUCUUCAAUAGUAGCCUAUCCUAAGUAGUACAGUACUUGUUCGGUAACUGGGAUGAGAACGUAGCCUAGUUACCGAAUGCUGCUCGCUAACUGGGCUGAACGGAAAAUGUCGAGGGGACCACCAACGCAUUAUAUUUUCUUAGUGAAAUAUAAAAAUAAAAGUUAUCUAAAUUUAAGUUUAGAGCCAA